AUGCCAGUCCCGACGCUGAAACACCUGGCUACGGCCACGGCAGUCAAGCAUGUUAAGCUGUUGAACGAUAUCGGAAACUUGCCGUAUGCCCUUGUUCGUCCUAUUCUGAUGAAAGUCGACAAUCCGGAGAAGCUGCAUUCGAUGGAAGUCCUUUCCCCCCAACUCGCCGAAGAAGACCAAGAAAUCUGGCUCGAGCUCAUCAAACGCGAUAUUCCCCAAUGGAACACCUACGACCUACCCAAGCACACCAACCGCUGGUACGAAAUAUAUUGCGACCUCCGCGCAGAAGUCCAGCGCGAGCUUGACGCCGACGCCGAGAAAAUGAAAAUGGCCAUUGAUGGCAUCAAGUCCGAGCGCGCGCGGCUAGAGCCCGAAGUCAUGAAGCACCUGCCAGCAAUGAAACCUUCAUUGCGCCAACGAAUUGCCUCGUUUGAUCGGAGGUCAGGCGGAAGGGGCUCGUCUCUGUCCCGGGGGGAUACGUUGGCACCCGGCGCAAAGAAGAAGUCCACUAUUUUCACGCCGCAGAGAAGGAAUAAUGCACUGGCGGUGCCGACGAAGCAUCUCAGUAACCGGGCGACACAGAUUAAACAGGCGCCGCGGUCGCUUGUCGAGGUACAUCGCCGGCCGGCCGAGCAACCUGUUGCCAGGCAUGACAAUCCUAUUGCAUCCGGACGGUCGCCAGGGAAAUCAGCGUCCGCUUCAGCCCAUCCAGCCUCCGAAUCUAGAGGCUCGUCUUCUCUAGCUGAGCGGGAGGCCAGGCUCAAGGCCAUUGCAUCUGGCAGGCCAUUGCCAUUGAAGCCACUGCCAUCAUCGGCUGCGGCUACGGUUAAUACCCACACCGCUCCCUCUCCUGCAAAGGAAGCUUCAUCACCAGCCCACCGAUCUAUCCUCAAACGCAAAGCUAGCUCCCCGCCACCCCAAAUUUCAUCGCAAUUUUCGCCUAUGCCAGCCAAUACCGAUGGUCAGGCUUCUGGUCAAUCGAACAAUAAUGGCCCUGUCCUCGGACUUCCCGCACGCCCCGCCGUCGUCCGGAAACGAGCAGAUGUCGAUAUUUUCCUUCGACCGAAGAAGAAGCGCCCUCUUUGA